UCUGUCACUGAUAUUUGUUGCAGAUGAUUACAUAACUAUUUUUACCUCUGCCCUCAGUCGGUGAGUAAGGCUCGGGUCUGCGCACAUAUAUAAACAGCAGGCUGCGGGACAGAGCUCCACACCUCGCACUCACUCAUCAGGAGAAGCACCCCCCUCCUCCAGCGACAUGCCUGCGUUUUCGUGCCUCCCCCGGGUGCCUUCGAGUGCACACACCCACUUCCAAUCCAUGUGCAGCUCGGAGAGGAUAGUGCCAAUACGGCUCCUGCAGCCAGGCCCUAGGGGGUCUUCAGGAGCCACAAUGCAGCUGUCCGCAUCCCACCUGCAGAAGCCCCAGGAGCAGCAGCAACCUCCGUCUUCGCAAGAGCUGCGGGCAUGGCUGAGCGAAAUGGUCCAGCAGGACACCGCCAUUAAACCCGAGCAGCAGCCUCACCAGGCCCUGGAGUAUGAGAGCGAUAACUGGCGACCCAGCGGGGCCCUCCAGCUGGCAACAAGCAGUCCGGAGCAAACGCCGGAGGAGCAGCCCAGCCCCACUCUGUCCCAUGGAAGUAACAGUAAAGAGCGGCUGGCGCUGCAUUGGGCUGAGGUGGAGAAGCAAGACAAGUACCUUCGGGAAAAGCAGCGCUACCGUUUUCAUAUUAUCCCGGACGGCAACUGCCUGUACCGGGCGGUGAGCAAAGCGAUGUACGGGGACCAGAGCCGGCACGCCGAGCUGAGGGAGCGCACCGUGCAUCAUGUGGCCGACAACCUGGAGACCUUCAACCUCAUCAUCGAGGGGGAUGCGGGCGAGUUCCUGAUUAACGCGUCUCAGGACGGAGCCUGGGCAGGGUAUCCAGAGCUGCUGGCCAUGAGUCAGAUGCUGGACGUGAAUAUCCACCUCACGACCGGCGGCAGACCCGAGUGCCCCACCGUGUCCACCAUGGUUCAUCACCUGGGCCCCGAGGACGCCACCAGGCCCAGCAUUUGGCUUAGCUGGCUCAGCAACGGACACUACGACGCUGUGUUUGAACAAGCGCUUCCUAACCCGGAGUACGAGAGCUGGUGCAAGCAGAACCAGGCCCAGAGGAACCGAGACCAAGAUCUGGCCAAGUCUAUGGCCCUGUCCCUCUCCAAAAUGUACAUCGAGCAGAACUCCUGAAACAAUAGACCCUCUGGAGAGGAGACUGAUCCUGUUUGCUUGGCCAGUACACUCC